CUGCGCUCUGCUGACACUCCAGUAAUCCGCUGGAGGAGAUUGCAUCCUCGUCCACUGCGCUCAGGCUAUCAGUGAGGGAGAAUCAAGAGAUGGAAAAAAAUAUAUAACGGGAAGACUGGAGGAAAUAAGAACAAUUACGGGACCACAGCAGACCCAGAUGAACAGGUUUUACAGGACGGAGCAGCUGUACACUAAGAGCAGCCUCACAUCCAAGGCGACAGCGGGACCGGAGCGAGGAUGUGUCCUAAUAUAAGACAACACGGCUCAUCCCAAACGCUGGGAAUACGAGAUGAACAGCGGGCAGGAAUGGACCCGGCGGGUGAUGGUGAAUUUUGCGAAUGAGUGCUUUCUUGGAUGAAACCUCCUCGGCUGCCUCCGUAUCGCCUCCUGCACAAAUACUCCCUGGCCUCUGUACCGCUGUGUGGAAGGAACGGGCACAGAUCAGCUUCUCAAACAAGUAACGCUUUGGCACUGUCGUUAAUAGGCUAAAUUGAGAGCCCAUAUGCGCUUGCGUUAUCAGAGAUUAAUUAUCAUGUAACACUCACUGAACCUGGAAAGCUAAAACCGCGGAUCCAAACCCAUGUGAUCCAUCUGUGGGGGUUCUGUAAUCAGCUAGAUGCAUAUCAAAGCUAAAGCAAAAAACCAGGAAACAUCGCAGCGCAUGGACUUGUACCUCGGCGUUGUACAAACUAUCGAUACUCGUCGAAACGCAUGUAAAUACAGUUUAUCCUCCCUGACAGCCUCGCCGUGAGGGUACUUGUUCGCCUCAGCUGCUUCGCCUGUGCAGACUUGCUAUGACAGUCUGGCAAGUCCACAUAAAUCCAAGCGCAAGUUGAUGAACUAGACUGGCCGGCCUCGGCGGUGGGAUCAGACAGAAAUUAAGCUGCGUCUCUCAGACAGCGGAAACGAGGAUCAUCUCCCGUCCUUGCGUUGGCAGAGCAGCGCAGCCUGAAACAGAACAUUCCUCUCGGGUAUUUUGUUGGAUAUUACCCAGAUCUUGAAGCUGUGAUGUGUUGUAAACAUCUCCCUGCUCUGGAUACUGCUGAAGUUUAAAGAACCCUUAAAGCUCCAGCAGUAAACACGUUCCUGUGCCAUGUGAGUUCUUCUUCAUGUGGAAAUCCCAAAUUCUGUAAAUACCAGAGGUGAUCUAAUCUCUGAAACAGCUCCUUACUAAGACAUGAAGUUGUAUCCAGUGGGACACUUGCAGCUGGGGUGUUUUACUGGUAAACCUCCGCAGCAGCUGUUAGUCAGACUGAAUGUCUGAAAGAGGAGACUUGGAUAUUAGCAUACUUGUAGUUUUGCCAACACCACUCCCAUGAAAUGCAAUGCAUUGAUUUCUUCCAGUGCCCUUGUUGUAAAUAACUCUGUGGAGAUAUUUUGUGUGACUUUUGUUCCAGGAAGAUCUAUCUACUUAUCAGCUGUCUAUGGACCGUAAUGUUUUUGUGAUGUGCAGGAUGGAUACGAGGUGUAUAGUUUGGGUGCUGUAAUGUUGGGAGAAAAGUUUUCCAGUGUUUCCUGAUCUUCUGAGCAUGUGCAAAAGAAAGAGGAACCAGGCAUGAGACUGCACAGGCUGGGGAGAUGUGUCGGAAGGAAUGCUAAAGGAAUUAUGAGUUGCAUGAUGGAAGACAUGAUGCAGAGUGUUACAAGCUUAAAGUCUACUAGAGGGAGAGUUACAAGUCUUUGAGAAAAUUGUGUUUUCUCCUCUGAGACAAGCGGCUCCAUAGGAAUCAGCGCUCUAUGCCUCCAUAUCCACCCUGAUCUGCAAACUUGUUCACCUGCAAGUCGCACUCAUUUUUUGAGUGCCCUUAUCUUUGAUUCUCUGUUGCUGUGUUUGGUUGUUUUUACUCGAGCACACUCAGAGUACGAUUUUGAAGCAGAACGUUGUCAACAGGAAGCUUACAGCAAAGAGGAACACAUGAUAAGUGUUGGUGGUGUGGUCCAAACAGUCACGUUUCUCACAAGCAGGGAAUCUCAGUGUGUAUAACUGAGAACAACAGUGGAUCUCUUGCCAUCUUUUAAGGGAAAAACAAGCAUUCAGAGACUGAUUUCCUCUGUCUGUGGUGAUGGGGAGCUCGGCCUCGUCUCUCACUGCAGAGACUGAGUCGGACCAUGGCUUUCGCAGCACCCCCUACCCCUCAUCACCCCCUGUGGGCUGGCUCAGGAACAGCCACAGCAGCCCGGUGUGGGGCACCACCUUCAUCACACGGCAGCAGCAGCACCCACUGCCUCAUCGAGAGCGCAGCCACUCUCACUCUCCUGGCUCCAUGGCAGCAGCAGUACGAGGCAGUGAGUGGUCAUGUGGACGCUGCACCUACUUAAAUGCCGGUGCAGCACCUCGCUGUUCGAUCUGUGAGGCACCACGCCAGAAACCUGACCUUAACCAGAUCCUGCGGCUGAGCAGCACCGAGGAGCAUCGCUGGGCCUGUCCCCGCUGUACGCUCAACAACCCCCAAGGAUCUGGAGCAUGCUCCGUCUGUGGCUUUGGUCCAUCUCCUGCCACCCACACACCCCCUACCACCACCAUAGCUGCCACUGCCAAUGGUCUCCCGCCUGUUCCAAAUGAACCCCCAACGCCGACCAUCACCCCCACGGUCCUGCUUGAGCCCCACGGACAGCAUCCAGCUAAGGAGGAAGUGCUACGACGGUCUGAGAGCAAUGGAGAGGUUGGUGGUCUGGAGGGGCAGCACUCGGGCUGGGCUUGCCCUCGGUGCACACUCCACAACACCCCUGUUGCGCUGUCAUGCUCCGCCUGUGGUGGGCCCAGAAAACUGUCUUUGCCUAAAAUCCCCCCAGAGGCUCUGGUGGUGCCUGAGGUACGCACGCCUGUGCUGGGGUUCCCUGUUCACACGGGACCAGCACCGCUGCUCAUUGACCUAACAGAUGACUCUCCCCCAUCCCCUCACAGUGAUCCUCAAGAACCUCCCCAUGUGUCCCUUAGCUCCCCUUUUACUGCUUUCUCCUCUCUCCAGAAUAACCCCGUCCCACGCAGCAGAAGAGAGGUUCCCCCUCCAGGGCGCCCACCAAACCCAGGCACCAACACCCCCAGCCCUACUUCUCCUUCAACGGCCAGUGUGCCACCCCAGCCCGGCCCACAGCGGCCAGCCAAGCCUAAACAUGCCCAACCCCAGGAACCUUCAUAUCCCAGCAAGCGCCUCAGUAUUUUAGAAGAAGAAGAUCCCCAACACCACCCUCUGAACCCCCACCUUCCUGUUGCUUCUUCAGCAACCCCCACCUGGAAGUGCCCUAGCUGCUCUUUGCCCAACCCUAGUGGAUCAUCUAAGUGCGAGGCCUGCCGAUCAUCAAGGGUUGGUGCUGACCUCAUCGACCUUGUAGGCUGUGAGACGGUACGAUUUACCCCAGCCAGCCCCUCUAGCCCAGACUUUAGCACCUGGGCCUGCUCCAAGUGCACCCUGCGCAACCCUACAGGUGCACCUAAGUGCUCAGCAUGUGGUUCUUCCAAACUGCAUGGCUUUCAGGAGCAGCAGGCGCCCCUGCCCCGCUGCUGUUCACACUGUGGCCUCCCACUGGGGUCUGGCACUGCAUCGUGCUCCUGUACACCUUCCUGUUCCUCAUCCUCCUCAGGUCAUAAAACACGGAAACAGGCCAGGGGCUUUCCUUCCUCUUCUUCUGCUAUUGCUUCCUCUGGUCCCUCCUCCUCCUCAUCUAGCCUUCAGGAGAAGGUGGGACAGUGGAGCUGCCCAGCAUGUACGCUGCUCAACGACAUCAAGGCCAAGAACUGUGCAGCAUGCCAUACGCCCCAGCAGUACCUCACCCUUCGCAAAGUGGUUAAGCCUCUGAAGAGGAGGGAGAGUAUGCAUGUAGAGGCCCGUCGACGAAAUGAUGAGGGCGAGGCCAAGGAGCUUUGGGAAAACAUCGUCAGCUUCUGCCGAGAGAACUCUGUGAACUUCGUGGAUGACAGUUUCCCUCCGGGACCUCGCUCCGUGGGUUUCCCCGAGGGCGACAGCGUCCAGCAGCGAAUCAAGAAGUGGCUGCGCCCCCACGAGAUCAACUGCAGCAACUUCAAGCAAGACAGAAGCGUCAAGUGGUCGGUCUUCCGCACACCGAGACCCUCUGAUAUCCUGCAAGGACUCCUUGGAAACUGCUGGUUCCUGAGUGCGCUGGCGGUGUUGGCGGAACGUCCGGAGCUGGUGGAGAGGGUGAUGAUCACCAGGACCAUUUGUCCAGAGGGGGCUUACCAGGUUCGGCUGUGCAAAGAUGGCACAUGGACAACGGUGCUGGUGGAUGACAUGCUGCCCUGCGACGACUAUGGCUACCUCCUCUUUUCCCAGGCCCAGAGGAAACAGCUAUGGGUGGCGCUGAUUGAGAAGGCCCUGGCUAAACUCCACGGUUCCUACUUUGCCCUGCAGGCAGGGCGUGCCAUCGAGGGCCUGGCCACGCUGACCGGGGCUCCCUGUGACUCCCUCAUGCUCCAGGUCAGCUCCACAAACCCUCGAGAGGAGCCCAUCGAUACGGACCUCAUCUGGGCCAAGAUGCUCAGCUCCAAAGAGGCUGGGUUUCUGAUGGGUGCAUCUUGUGGAGGAGGUAAUAUGAAAGUAGACGAUGUCGUUUAUGAGUCUUUGGGUCUGAGGCCUCGACAUGCGUAUUCCAUCUUGGAUGUACGAGAUGUCCAAGGUUACAGGUUGCUGCGACUGCGUAACCCGUGGGGUCGCUUCUCCUGGAAUGGCAGCUGGUCAGACGAGUGGACGGACUGGCCUCAGCACCUCCGUCAUGAACUGAUGGCUCAUGGCAGCAGCGAGGGUGUCUUCUGGAUGGAGUACACUGACUUUAUAAAGUACUUUGAUUCAGUCGACAUCUGUAAGAUCCACUCAGACUGGCAGGAGGUGAGGCUACAAGGCUGCUUCCCCAGCAAAGCCAACGGGCCGGUCACGGUCACAGCCCUCACUGUGCUGGAGAGGACGGCGCUGGAGUUUGCUCUGUUCCAGGAGGGAAGCAGGCGCUCUGACACAGCCGACAGCCACCUACUGGACCUGUGCAUCAUGGUGUUCCGCGCCUCCUUCGGUAGUGGCAACAAGCUGACUCUGGGCCGUCUAUUGGCCCACAGCAAGCGAGCGGUGAAGAAAUUCGUCGGCUGUGACGUCAUGCUGGAGCCGGGGGAGUAUGCUGUUGUCUGCUGCGCCUUCAACCACUGGCAGAUGAAUGUCAGCGGGACAGGAGGUCCACCCACGCCCAUCUCAAGCCCUACCAGCGGGGCGGCACGGCGGCCCAGUCAGGACUUCCCUGGCUACAUCCUGGCCAUCUACAGCUCUCGACAGGUGAUGGUGGAGCAGGUGGAAGCGACUGCCACCACUCUGGCUGACGCUAUCAUUCUGCUCACGGAAAACAAAGGCGAAAGACACGAGGGCCGUGAGGGCAUGACAUGCUACUACCUGACCCACGGCUGGGCCGGCCUCAUCGUGGUGGUGGAAAACCGCCACCCCAAGUACUACCUCCACGUCUCCUGUGACUGCACUGACAGCUUCAAUGUGGUGUCCACACGUGGCAGCCUCAAGACCAUCGACAGUGUACCGCCUUUACACAGGCAGGUGCUGGUGGUGCUUUCUCAGCUGGAGGGAAACGCAGGCUUCUCCAUCACCCAUCGCCUGGCUCACCGCAAGGCCGCCCAGGCCUCCCUGGGGGACUGGACCCCCACCAAGGCCACCCACAGCCCCCAGCUCACCCCAGACAUUGACGGCCUGCACCGGCCCAGGCCACUAUGACCACCGCCCUCUUUGUCCCACACACAGACUCUAAUCUAAUGAACUGUCAGACCACUGGAAAAUCAGGCAAGGGUAUAUAAGUGGUGUGUGGAGCCCUAAAACAGAGAGGUAGAUGCGUUUUGUGUGUGUCUUUGAAUGCACACAUGAAUGUAAAGCAUGAAUGAGCAGCAUUUGUUUGCUCGCCAUCAAAUGCUCCAUAAAUGCUGAAGUUUUCAUCCGGCCCACACGCGUUCUGUCCCUUGCCUCAUGGAUGUGCCAUGUCAGGAUGAAAUGAGGGAAGUGAGCCACGUGAAGUGACCAGGACACAAAACGAUAACUCGCCCAGGCACCUAAGAAGAUCCAGCUCAUGAUACUUUAAACUCUGGAUGUUUUUGGUAGCUGGUAGUUAGAGCUGUAUGUGAAAGAGACGUCAGCCCUCAGUUUCAUAUGCUUGGAGACAACCCUGCUUUCAAUGAGCUUCAGAAAAGGCAGGGAGGAGUGCUGAAACUACUGAGCCAUGCACCGGCCCACAGCCUAGGAGCCGAUCAGACACUUCCCCUACUCUCCGUGUCGUCCAUACAGACAGCUAACAAAACAGGACACCUCUGGGGGAGUUUAUUCCACCCAUCCUCAGUACGGUACUUAAUGAGCCAAACCCAACUCAUUUUACUCAUAGUAAUACAUGUUUGCUCUUUUUUUGAGAACGUACACAUGUCCAUAUAAGUCUUAUCUGUUUUGUACACAACCCUUGCUGCCGUCUUGUCUGUAUUUGUGUUUUUGAGGUUGAAGAAUAAGCCAUCAUCCAUACAGUACUGUCUGUCCCUGCUCUAUGUCAUCACCACAGUGCAGUCGAGCACGCUCUCUAGCUCAGGACCAAACCUAUGAUUUGUACAGCAAGUUGGAUUCACAUGAAACCUCAAGCUGAUGUUGUGGAAGGUGUAUGAAGCCCAGACAGCUGGUAUAGCAUCUUUCUCUGUUUUCUGUGUGUUUCUGGUUUAAAAGGUGCCACAUUUUCCUGCCCUGUGGAGAGUAGUGCUGUGGUUAGGGGGUUUUACGUGGUGCAAAACGGAGACAUAAAUCCCACUUUACAGCUUACAAAGACUAACAUGUAUUUUUUACUUUUUCCCUGCAGAGAAACAACCACCGGGCUCCUUUCUCAUAUUUACUUUGGUUCAUUCUCACUCAGUCUCAGUUUGGGGUCUAAAUGCUGGAGGCGAGGCAUUACAUGAGCAACUUUACAGCUGACCCCUCAGGCACACCAAAUUUUCUUGCCCACUUCAGAAGUCAGUUUACACUCAAAUUAACACUUAGAGAGCAACUCCUGCUUCUACAUGCUGCAUCUUGCUGCAGCACCCCCCCCCCCAGUUUGUGUCUAUGUUUUUUGAUACUGAAGAUCAGUAAGUCUCUGUUUCUCACUUAAUUAGUUUGCCAGUAAGUUGAUUUACAUAUUAGGGAGUACUUGAGGAGCCAGUGGCUGUUUGCCAUAGGGGAGCUCUUAAGAGGAGCUGCUGAGUUUACUUUGGGAGGUCAGGGACCACUUUUUGUUUACUUGGGUGUAUUGUGAGUGUCUGGGCCGUCCUCCCUAAAGAAUACACUGACAGCAUGUUAGCAGCAACAUGGAGUCCUCACGACUUGACAAAUUGCCGUUUUGUCAGACUCGGCGCACACAUAACAGGAGAGACCCCUGAGACAUGUUGUGACACAGAAAAUAGUUUCGUUCUGUUCCAGUUUGCUCUGCGCUGUUUCACCGGAUGGUUUGCUUCUAGCUGUUCCAUGUAGGUCCUUGUUUAGGGCCCCACCCACCUGUUCCUUCCAAUUUCUCCUGUGUCAAAGCCAUUACUCCUGAUUCAGUGAGGAUCUUUCAGUCCUCACCAUGGCAACAUAGAUGUUUCAUCAGAGUGAGAGAGGAGAAAGAUUUCUGCGGUACAACAGUAACAGAAUGGAGUGGGAGACUUCUUUCAAGUAAAGUUGAUGUCUAAUUAAUAUAUAGUGAAAUGGGGAAAAACUUGAAAACUGGUGAGAAAAACCCCUGCAGCAUUCAUACAUUUAUUGAUUUUUUUUUAGUAGAAAAAAGCUACAUUUUGUGUCAAGAUCAUUGUAGAAACAAGAAUCCGCUCAUAAGCAUUGUCCCUUUCAUUGUCAGCAUAUUGCAGUCUUCUCAAUAGUCGACUGUACUUCAUGUCAUCUUCAAGACAUGUUAUGAGCUUCUACAGCAGUGUAAUGUGUCUUUAAUGAAACCCGAAGAAACUGUAAAUAUGUUCUUCCCAAAGAAACAUCCUGUCCAAUGACCACUUUGCGAUGUGUGUGUGCCCUGUGUGAGUGUGUGCGUGGUCACAGCCAAGUAGCUGUGAAUUCAGUGUCUAAUUUAUUUGUACAAGAGAUUUGGAGGCCUGUUUUCUAAUGAAUACUGUUGAAUACUGAGCGGACGAAUGACAGAUAAAGAAAUGUGAUCGUUUGUGGCUUUCGUUUGAGCCCAGAGGGAAUUAGCUUGACCAGAAAUGAACCUGCACUGAAACACCUGCAAAGACAAAAGGCACCUCAAAAUUAAGCGUCACUGCUGGAUCACUUUACAUUUACAUGAGAUUCUUUUUUUUUCUUUUAUACGAUGUGUUGUUUUUUGUCAUAAUUGUCAUUUUUGGCUCUUGCUGGUGUCCUAUGAACCCACUGCUCUUCUGUUAAGUCCUGUUGGUGGCUCUUCUGUGCUUUAGGGGCGCCCCCUGCUGCUGAAUAGACAACAGCCAGAGAAGAAGUGGUCAUUGACGGACCAGCCAACGCAAACGCCUUUUCUCCUCUCCUUUGUCCAGAUCCCUCCUUGUAAAUUGUACAGACUGCAAAUUUAAGACACACAAAAGAGUUUUAAAAAAAAAUGAAAGAAAAAAAAAUCAGCUGACCCUUUUAAACUUGUAAAAAAAAGAAAGAAAA